AUGGACGGGCACCUGGUAGAGUGCCCACACAGCGUAGUGGUCGACGAAAGCAUGAACGCAAAUAACCAGCCAGCCACGGGUGCUGCCAACGAGUCUUCAGAGGGAGCCCCGUUUUUGCUACUGGGCCUGAUGCCAAGUCCGGGACAGCAGCAGCUUCUCUUUGUGCUGUUCCUGGUCUCGCACGUGGUGGGCACACUGGGUAAUGGACUCAUUGUGGCUGCCAUCCAGGCCAGUCCAGCCCUUCAUGCACCCAUGUACUUCCUGCUGGUCCAUCUUUCCUUUGCUGACCUCUGCUUUACCUCCAUCGCUGUGCCCAAGAUGCUGGCCAACUUGUUGGCCCAUGACCAAUCCAUCUCCCCGGCUGGCUGCCUGACACAAAUGGACUUCUUCUUUGCCCUGGGUGUAACUGAUAGCUGUCUCCUGGCCACCAUGGCCUACAACAGCUACGUGGCCAUCCAGCACCCCCUCCUCUAUGCCAUAAAGAUGUCCUGGGCUGUGUGCACAGCCCUGGUGGGGGUAGCAUGGCUGAUGUCUCACAUCCACUCCCUCCUGCAUAUCCUGCUCAUGGCCUGCCUGUCCUUCCGUGCCUCCCACCAAGUGCUCCACUUCUUCUGUGACCACCAGCCUCUCUUAAGGCUCUCAUGCUCUGACACCCACCAUAUCCAGCUGCUGCUGAUCUUCACCAAGGGUGCCGCGGGGGUGGUCACUCCCUUCCUGCUCAUGCUCACCUCCUACAGGGCCAUCGCAGCUGCAGUGCUCCAGCUGCCCUCAGCCUCUGGUCUCCGGGCUGUGUCCACCUGUGGCUCCCACCUGGCCGUGGUGGGCCUUUUCUACGGGACAGUCAUCGCAGUCUACUUCUGGCCCACGUCCCAUUAUGAGGCAGAGCGGGGCCUUGUGGCCAGUGUCACGUACACCAUAGUCACCCCCAUGCUGAACCCCAUCAUCUACAGCCUCCGGAAUCAUGACGUGCAGGAUUCACUCCAAGCCCUUUUCAUUGGCCGAAGGGUCUCAGCUAGUGACUCGUGA